CCAACAACAAAAUUUAACUGAGCCCACUGGAAAUUCAACGUUUAUAAAAGUAUUCAGUGACACGUCAUCUGACCAAGUAAUUUGCGAUCCAACCAAGAGUAUUAAUUGCAUUACACGAGUUGAAAUUCGUGCCAUAAAGGACAGGAGAAAUGAUUUUCGAUUAAUUAAAAUUUGGCUCAAUGAUUAG